AUGCAUCGUCGUUUUGGUUCCGACCAUUCAUGCAUCCAUGAGCAAGUAGAGCAUGCACACGGCGCCUCUGUAACUGUGGCGACCAAACAACCACGGAUACGAGGCAUUUGUGAAUACCUACAUUCCAAGUGCCCGCUAGUCUAUGCAGACAUUAGGAUCGGAGUCUGCCGUGGCGCUCGAGCCGGCCGGAAACUCGGUUCGCCCGCACAGCCACAUUGCCAGAAGCGGUCGGCUUUGGCCAAGUCAGCGCAACUUGCAAGC